GAUAUUGCACCAAUAGGAGGGGUUGUCGGCCCACUAUUUCACCCAUCGCUACCGAGGGAGAGAGAAACUACGAGAUACUCUCUCUCUGGAUUAUCUCGAUCUUUUGAUUUCUCGGCCCUGCUUCUUCCUGUAGAUUAAUUUCGAUUCACGCAGUGGAAGGUGUACAAAAUCAGUGAGGCCAACGAGGAGGCAGGAUCAGCAUAUGGUGAUUGUUUCUGCUGACGUACCAUGGACUUUGGGUUCAUUAGUAAUCUGCCUCAGUUUGGACUUCGAUCAAGGGUAGACUUGGGAUCCAAAUCCAAGCCCAUAGAUUAUACAGUGGAACGGCAAACUAAACGGCAGUUUGCUUUUGAUCUCAAGUCAUGGGCAUGUUCCAUCCUGUCCAUAGUUCCUUGGGGCAUCAAUGGGAGGGAUAAGAUGCAAAUGCCACCUACAAUAAACUGGGAAUUGCGGAAACAGACGCGGGCCAGUGGAGUUGUAGAGUCUAGUGCUAAUUCCCGCCUUUUCUUCAGACCUUAUGUUUCCAAGGUUCCCUGGCAUAAAGGGCCAAGAGCUUUCCUUUCUCAGCUGUUCCCACGAUAUGGUCAUUACUGUGGUCCCAAUUGGUCAAGUGGGAAGGAUAAUGGAUCUCCUCUCUGGGACAAACGCCCCAUUGACUGGUUGGAUUUUUGUUGCUAUUGCCAUGACAUCGGUUAUGACACACAUGAUCAGUCUGAACUUCUGAAGGCAGACUUGGCAUUUCUUGAGUGCUUGGAAAGACCCCAUAUGAGUAUGAAAGGAGACGCUCAUGUUGCUCAUAUUUAUAAGACAAUGUCCAUUGCAGGUCUCAAGAAUAUAUUAAUACCCUACAGAAAACACCUUGUGGGGCUACAGUCACAGCAACCAUUGAUUGCAUUUGGAUGGCUGUGCAAUUUGAUUGGGAAAAAGUAGCACAUUCAGAAAAUCUUGAAAUCCUGAAGAUCGUGACCUCUGCUGAAUAAUGGAGAAGAGCAUCUGCUGUUGUGAAACUUCAGCUCUUAAAAGACUAUUGUAUUGCAUUCUUCCUUUUCUCAUUUUGUUAGCUCAAGAGUAGCUUAAGGUCACUGUCGCUAUUAGUUAGGUGGGUGCUUUUACUUUAUUUAGAAUCUGCUGGAUGCCCAUAAUGUAAAAUAGAUGUAAUCUUUUGACUUGUGGAGUUGUAUUUGUCUAUAUGAAAUAGAAAAAGAAAUUGUUCUCAACA